AUGUCACUUCAUCGUGAAAACGCCCAAGGAAGUGCUGAGCUCCCCAGCACCUACGAUGGCCCAGUGACUUUUGCCAUUAUCGGAGGCACUGGACUCUACAACCUCCCCAACCUCAAGCCAGUGGCUAGACUCACUGUUUCUACUCCAUGGGGGUUCCCAUCGUCGCCUAUCACCAUCAGUGUGACUGAAAAGGGCUUCCCAGUGGCUUUCUUGGCCAGACACGGCCAAGCCCACGACCUUCUUCCCACGGAUGUACCAGCAAGAGCCAAUAUUGCUGCACUCAAGAGCCUUGGAGUCACUGCGGUGGUUGCGUUCUCGGCUGUGGGUUCGCUUCAGCAGGAGAUCAAGCCUCGUGAUUUCGUUGUUCCAACCCAGAUUAUCGACAGAACCAAGGGCAACAGACCUCUGACUUUCUUCGAGAAGGGAUUCGUGGCCCAUGCCAUGUUUGGCGAGCCUUUCGACCUCAAGUUGAACCGUUUGAUUCGCGACCACAUCCCCAAAACCGGAUUUUUGGAGGCUGAGGACAAGAAGGGUGUCGUUCCCGUGCUCCACACCAAGCCAGAUGACCGUGGAGCCGAGGAUCUUACUGUGAUCUGUAUGGAAGGACCUCAGUUCAGCACCAGAGCCGAGUCCAAGAUCUACAGAUCGUGGGGAGGUUCUGUGAUCAACAUGUCGGUGUUGCCUGAAGCCAAGCUCGCCAGGGAGGCCGAGCUUGCCUACCAGAUGAUCUGUAUGUCCACAGACUAUGACUCGUGGAACGAGGAUGAGGAGCCAGUGACAGUAGAAACUAUUGUGGGUAACUUGAAUGCCAAUUCCGCCAAUGCCUGCAAGCUUGCAGCUGCGUUGAUCGAGAUUGUCAGCGAGCAUGGUAAGGACUUGGGAGCCGAGUUGAAAGGCAGCAUGAAGUUUUCUGUCAGCACUGCCAACCACAGCUUGAGCAAGGAAGUUUUGGCGAAGAUGCACUUUUUAUUUCCCGGCUACUGGCCCGCUCACUGA